GGCAGGCCACCUUAUUCUAUUCGUCAUUGCAACCUCUACUAGGGAGGCAGUUUUUGUAGGUUUAACCUGCUAAGUUUUGCGAAUUUUUUUGCGAUGGGAACUCACAUGCAAAAUACAUUAUUUUGGCAUUUAGGACUCGACGAAAGGUCCUACUGGUGUCGCGAACGAACUGUAGGCAGAGUUCAGCGAUGGCCGGAUACUUCAGCACUUCUACGACUCGCUUUCCUACCAGCUGCCUUGAAAAAUUUUGCAAGGCUCUGAUCAGGAAUCGGUCCACUACGGCAAUUCCAACGACGCUUCACCCUUCCCUCUUGCUCGACCCAAGCAACCGAAAGAACAGAACUGUUGAUCGCAACAGGGACGGUUCCAAAAUCAGCUCUGAAAAUAAGGACAAAAAGUGGCAGUUAUGGGGCGCCAUAUGCUUGGAACGAUCAGCGAUAGUGUCUCCCCACAAAAAUCCUAUUGAAGAGAAUUUCCAAAAUCUUUUCCUUCAGGAAGAGUUCGAGAAAAGCUUGUUUUCUGAUCAUGAAAUGCGAAAAUUUGAGGAUGCGCGUAAAGCAAAACGCCGGAAAGAUGCAGAUUUGAGCGUUGAGGAGGAUUCGGACAUCGUGGUCCAAACAGCGCAAGAUAAAGAAGACUCCUGGAACGAACUGUACGAGAAAUUCAAACCGGCACCUCGCAUUACAGAAUCUGAUCAAAAGAACGACACAAGGGCAACAAAUCGAAAACUAGACCGGAAACUGUAUCUUGUCGUCAACCAGAAACUCGGUGACAGCGCGAGAUGGGUGUUUCCUCAGGGAGCAUGGCAGGGUUCAGAGAGUCUGUAUGAAACCGCUGCGGAUGCUCUGCGGAGGAUAGGCGGUACGGACUUACAGUUUAUGUCUCUGGGAAGUACGCCUGUGGGAUUCUACCGUUAUAAAUAUCCCAUUUCAUCGAAAAUUGCCAAAGAUUUUUAUGGUGCCAAGGUGUUUUUCUUCAAAGCCCUUCUUCGAAAAGGAUCAGUAACGCCUUCAAGUGAAGUCGAAGAUUAUCAGUGGAUGACCAGGGAAGAACUGCAACAAACGGUAACGGACAAGUACUUCGACAGAGUGGAAAGGUUUCUUUUUGAAUUUAAUGAUCGUGGCCUUAAAGACGUUGUGGAACACGAACAGCUGAUGAAGAUGUCGUUUUGAAAUCUUUCAUUUUCACGCAUGCAUUUGCAGGCACGCAUAUGUAUUGCGUUGUAUGUCCUCGCCUAGCACUGAGUGUUGCACGCUUUGUCUGAAUUUCGAAGCACUGUUAUGAUAUAAAAUGCGGCAUAAAGAGGUGAGAAGUUUUGGCCAACAGUAGAU